CUGGCGGCCAGAGCGAAACCGAGACGAUUUGUGUGUGUCGCACAGAGAGAGAGAGAGAGAAUGGCGGAAGUAGAAGCGCAAAGAAGAGGAGGAAGACCACUCUAUCCAUCGGCCAGGGGUCCACGUGGCCCUCCUCCUGGUGCCAAGUUUCCCCCACGCUUCGAACCUGUCGAUCGCGAGAAGACUUGUCCAUUGUUGCUUCGAGUUUUUACCAAGAUUGGAGGUCAUCAUACCGAUAUGGAUUUUGCAGUGAGAGGCAAGGAGCCUAAAGAUGAGGUCCAAAUUUAUACAUGGAAGGAUGCUACUCUUCGUGAACUAACUGAUCUGGUUAAAGAGGUGGCUCCAGAAGCCAGAAGAAGGGACGUGGUUCUGUCCUUCGCUUUCGUAUAUCCUGCUAAAAGUGGGCGUUUUGUGGUUAGAGAGGUGGGAAGAACGUUCUCUUAUCCAAACGGGAGACAACCAGAUAGUGGCAGCAAAGCAUUGGGUGAACUUAACUUCCAGAUUGGAGAUUACUUGGACGUGGCAAUUCUACUUGGUCGUGAUAAGGCAGAUACUUGAAGGUCUUUUAGCACCUGUUUCUUCUUUUUCCCUGGUCAAUAUGAUGUGUCAUUGCAUUUGCGCAACUAUUGUGGCCAACUAUGCAGUUGACUGUAGCAGUUCGUCCUUAUAUAUAUUGCUAUAAUGGAGGACAUUUUCAGUUCGGAGAAUCUUCCUUUAAUGGCUAAACAUCUUUUGUUUUAUGUUCCUAUCAGUUAGUUGCUUAUUUAUGUGAGUCGUAACGAUCUGACUCGGUGGAAAAGGUUGUGUUUUAGUUUGCUCUUGGCCUUUUUUACCAAGAGUUCUUUGAGAAGGCAAGGACCAAGAAGUCUAUUUUUACUUCCU